AUGAAGCAACUACCGAUUGAAUUGAUAAAUGAAGUUAUUUAUGAAUGUACAAAGCCUACGCUGAAGCAACUGCGACUGGUCAACACGCAGCUAAACGAGCUCAUUGCCGACAGCCUGUUUGAGAGCUGCUAUUACAGCCCAGAGCUGCUUUCAUCGGACAAGGUGGCGCUGGUUAAGAAUCUAAUCGUAGAGAAUGAUCCUUCACUUGACACUCUACUAGAGACGCUGCCGCGGUUCAAUCACCUAAACUCAAUCACCCUAAGCCCUACACUCGCCACGCUGAUUUUCGAAGAUCCUGCACUGGACUCAACAAUGGCACUCCAGAAAGCUUGUCCAUCUCUCCGCCAAGUCACUUUCGCAGGCGAUCAGGUCUUCAAAAUCGUUAAUCAGCCAUCCGGAAUCGAAUUCUUCAAGACCAAGAUCUCAGACUGCAACGACGUCAACCUGUGCUCCUCCUGCGAUUGCUCUCCUAACCGCUACCAGCCCAAGCUUAUGCUCAGAAAGAGAAGGACACUGCGAGUUGCCUACUAG